UCAGGGCUCCGCCCGCCCCGCGCCUGCGCGGUGCCGCGCUGCUCCCGCCGUGCCCCGCGCUGCCGCCGCAGCCCCGAGCGGAGCGGAGCGGAGAUGGCGCUGCACGUCCCCAAGGCCCCGGGCUUCGCCCAGAUGCUCAAGGAGGGCGCGAAGCAUUAUUCAGGACUGGAGGAAGCUGUCUACAGAAACAUCCAGGCAUGCAAAGAACUUGCUCAAACCACCCGUACAGCAUAUGGACCAAAUGGAAUGAACAAAAUGGUUAUCAAUCAUCUUGAAAAGCUUUUUGUUACAAAUGAUGCUGCUACUAUCCUGAGAGAGUUAGAGGUCCAGCAUCCUGCUGCGAAAAUGCUUGUGAUGGCUUCACACAUGCAAGAACAAGAGGUUGGAGAUGGAACAAAUUUUGUCCUUGUUUUUGCUGGAGUUCUUCUGGAGUUAGCAGAGGACCUUCUGAGGAUGGGGUUGUCUGUCUCAGAGGUGAUUGAGGGAUAUGAAAAGGCUUGCAAGAAAGCCCUGGAAAUUCUCCCAGAUCUGGUGUGCUGUUCUGCAAAGAACCUCCGAGAUGUUGAGGAAGUGGCAUCUUUGUUGUCCACGUCAGUCAUGAGCAAACAAUACGGCAAUGAACGGUUCUUGGCAAAGCUUAUUGCUCAGGCCUGUGUUUCUAUUCUUCCCGAUUCUGGUCAUUUCAAUGUUGAUAAUAUCAGAGUGUGCAAAAUUGUGGGUGCUGGUAUUUCUGCUUCCUCAGUACUGCAUGGCAUGGUUUUUAAAAAAGAAACUGAAGGAGAUGUUACUUCUGUCAAAGAUGCAAAAAUAGCUGUGUAUUCCUGCCCUUUUGAUGGUAUGAUAACUGAAACUAAGGGCACCGUCCUAAUAAAGAAUGCUGAAGAACUGAUGAAUUUCAGUAAAGGAGAAGAAAAUCUCAUGGAUUUGCAAGUCAAGGCUAUUGCUGAUAGUGGUGCAAACGUAGUAGUAACAGGUGGCAAAGUGGCAGACAUGGCUCUUCAUUAUGCCAACAAGUACAAUCUUAUGUUAGUAAGGCUGAACUCCAAGUGGGAUCUGAGAAGACUGUGCAAAACUGUUGGUGCAACAGCCCUACCCAGACUGACUCCCCCUACUCUUGAAGAAAUGGGUCACUGCAAUAGUGUGUAUUUAUCAGAGGUUGGGGAUACACAGGUUGUGGUGUUUAAGCAUGAAAAGGAGGAUGGAGCCAUUUCUACUAUCCUCAUUCGUGGAUCUACAGACAAUCUGAUGGAUGACAUAGAGAGAGCCGUGGAUGAUGGUGUCAAUACUUUCAAAGUGCUCACAAGGGAUAAACGUCUUGUUCCUGGAGGUGGUGCAACAGAGAUUGAAUUAGCCAAGCAGAUCACAUCUUAUGGAGAGACUUGUCCUGGGCUUGACCAGUAUGCCAUCAAGAAGUUUGCUGAGGCAUUUGAAGCCAUUCCUCGAGCACUGGCAGAAAACUCUGGGGUAAAGGCUAAUGAGGUCAUCUCCAAGCUUUAUGCCAUGCAUCAGGAAGGGAAGAAGAAUGUUGGAUUUGAUAUUGAGGCUGAAGCUGCUGCAGUGAAGGACAUGUUGGAAGCUGGCGUGUUAGACACGUAUCUUGGAAAGUUCUGGGGUAUCAAGCUAGCUACAAAUGCAGCAGUAACUGUCCUAAGGGUUGAUCAGAUUAUUAUGGCAAAAACAGCAGGCGGUCCAAAAGCCCCUAAGCAACAAGGACAUUGGGAUAAGGAUGACUGGAAAGAUGAGCCUGAAAACUAGAGUGCAGUAAGCUCUGUUUCUCUAGCAGAGAGGUAUCUGUGAGUGCAUGCAUGAGUUCAUUGACAAGCACAUGGCAGAUUGUAUGCUCCUUGAGAACACAUAACACUGCUGUCUUCUGCUGUGUGCUGAUUGCUAUCCUGUGUUUGUGCCCUUUGCAAAUGGAUUCUGCUCCUGAAUCCAAAUUUUCAUGGAAGGGAUGAUGUGCAAGUGCAAGUUCAGAUUUACCUUACUUGUCCAUGUAGCCAGAGCAGGGAAUGAGCUUUAACAUGGUAGGACUGAUGGACUUCAUGGUUUUAAAGUGUGAUACUUAAGAGACAAUAAUUGAGAACAAUAGCUUGAUAAUCCUUUCUGUAAUGUGCACCCUGUAAACUAGUCUGCUGUUGGCCUAUUUAAGCACUCACUUUCUGUAGACUAACUGAAAUCUUACUUUGCAUGCAAAAAUGAGGUAAAAUACCUUUUUUUACUGUAUCAGGGCUCAGCCUCUACCAUUCUCAAGAAAAAAAAAAAGAAAAAGUUGUUAAUAUGUCAAUUAGAUAGAUACUCACUGGCUUGGGUUCAGAGUAGGGAAGUUGCAUGAAUGUAGUGAAUGCUAGCAGCCAGCAUCCUGCGGCUGUAGAAGAGGGAUACAAGUCUGAUUU